AUGAGAUCCUUUUCUCUGCUGUCCGCGCUUUGCAGCGUUACUUAUGCACACUUCCUGCUCAAAUAUCCUGAAUCCAUAGGUUUCGACGAUGACAAGGAAGACACAGCUCCCUGUGGCGGUUUCACUCCCGACUUCUCCAAAAAGCUGGUCGACUUCCACAUCGGCGGCGACGCCAUCGCCGUCACAUUGACCCAUCCUCAAGGCAAUUGGCUCUUCAGAGUCACGGAUGAUCAAAAAGCCGAGUCUGGAUGGCAGCAGAUCUUUCCCAUCGUUCAACAAAGCGGCAUUGGCGAUUUUUGCGAGCCCCAGGUCACUGUCCCUAGCAAAUACGCUGGCAAAAAGGGCGUACUCAGUAUUGUUUCGUCCGCGACUGAUGGUUUGCUGUACCAGUGUGUUGCGGUGAAUUUUGUCGACGGAAAAGCUGACAAGCCAUCGGCUUGCACCAAUGCCACAUCCGUCAAGGUAUCCUUCACCGAUGACUCCAGGCUGUCAGCAAUCGUUGGCGGCUCAGCAUCUUCCACAUCCGCUGCUGCUUCUGUCUCUUCUGGCUCAUCUGUGUCCAAGACCUCUGCCGCCCCGGCAUCCACGAGCACUGGUGCUGCAUCAUCGCUUCACACUUGGUCCACCACCAGCAGCCUUGGUUGGGGCAGCGUCUUCACCGCUUUAUGCAUGGCUACACUUGGGGGAGCACUUAUGAUCUGA